GUGGAGCUGAGCGGAUCGUUGGGGCAGGUCCUCGGAAAGGACGCGGGCUGGGGAAGGCUUCGCCUCGGGGAAUUGCCCGUGGCGGAGGGAGGCUGUACGAGUAUCCUCCGCUCUCCUGGCCCGGUGUGGAAAGCGGCGGCCGGGACAUGGACAGUCGCCUCCAAGAGAUUCGCGAGCGGCAGAAGCUGCGCCGGCAACUCCUGGCUCAGCAGGUUCUCAAUAGGACUGAUUGCACAAAGCAGUUUGCCAUUUGAGACGCCAUUUUUUAUGGAAAGAGCUGCAAGAUGCUGUUCAUUGCUCCUUCCACAAGUCUCUUUCGCUGUUCAGCAAACUUCGCCUUAAAUCAGAGGCCCGACCUCACGUUCUGUUGGAUCUCGGUUGGAAGCACCUACCUCUUCCUGCCCCAGGACCACUUUUACUUCAUCGUUAGAAAACUGCCGAUGACGAGGAAGCUCCGAAGGCUUAGGUCUGGAAGGGACCUCAGAGGCCAGCCAGAGAUGAGGUAGCUUGUCCAAGGUCAAGCAGCAGAGCCAAGAUUUGAACCCGGCUCCCUCGACUCCAUACUCAGCCCUCUCUGCUACAUGGUGCUGCUGCGUUUUCUGGACAGGCUCAGAUCUUUUGAGAUUUUUAACCUAAGACAUAUUACUCUUCUAUAUGUGUCUAGAUAUUUGAAGGAUGAGAAAUACAGAAAUGAAAUUAAGAAUUUCUAUUUAAUAUCCUCGCGAGUACAGUUGGGAGCUGAGAGUGCUGACAGUAUCGGCGCAGUGUUAAAUAGCAAAGACGAGCAAAGGGAGAUUGCUGAGACCAGAGAAACUUGCAGGGCUUCUUAUGACACUUCAGCUCCAAAUGCAAAGCGCAAAUAUUUGGAUGAAGGAGAGGCAGAUGAAGAAGACAUUGAAGAAUAUAAGGAUGAAGUAGAAAUGCAGCAAGAUGAAGAGAACCUGCCCUAUGAGGAAGAGAUUUACAAAGACUCUAGUACGUUCCUUAAGGGGACCCAGAGCUUAAAUCCUCAUAAUGACUAUUGCCAACACUUUGUUGACACAGGACACAGGCCCCAGAAUUUCAUCAGAGAUGUGGGUUUAGCAGAUAGAUUUGAAGAAUAUCCUAAACUGAGGGAGCUUAUCAGACUGAAGGAUGAGCUGAUCUCGAAAUCGAACACUCCUCCCAUGUAUUUACAAGCAGAUUUAGAUGCUUUUGAUAUCAGAGAACUAAAGUCCAAAUUUGAUGUAAUUCUUCUGGAACCUCCUUUGGAAGAAUAUUACCGAGAAACUGGAAUCACUGCUAAUGAAAAAUGCUGGACUUGGGAUGAUAUCAUGAAGCUAGAAAUUGAGGAGCUUUCUGGACUGCGGUCAUUUGUCUUUUUGUGGUGUGGCUCUGGGGAGGGCCUGGACCUUGGCAGAGUGUGUUUACGCAAGUGGGGUUACAGAAGAUGUGAAGACAUUUGCUGGAUUAAAACGAACAAAAACAAUCCCGGGAAGACGAAGACUUUGGAUCCAAAGGCUGUCUUCCAAAGGACAAAGGAGCAUUGUCUGAUGGGCAUCAAAGGAACUGUUCGACGUAGCACAGAUGGUGACUUCAUUCAUGCCAAUGUAGACAUUGACUUAAUUAUCACAGAAGAACCUGAAAUUGGAAAUAUAGAAAAACCUGUAGAGAUUUUUCACAUCAUUGAACAUUUUUGCCUUGGUAGAAGACGCCUUCACCUUUUUGGAAGAGACAGUACAAUUCGACCAGGCUGGCUUACUGUGGGACCCAACCUUACCAAUAGCAACUUCAAUGCAGAAACCUAUGCUUCCUAUUUCAGUAUUCCUAAUUCCCCUCUGACGGGAUGCACAGAAGAAAUUGAGAGACUGCGGCCCAAGUCACCUCCUCCAAAAUCAAAGUCUGAUCGUGGGGGCGGUGCCCCAAGGGGAGGUGGCCGGGGAGGCACUUCUGCGGGCCGCGGAGAGAGAGGCCGAGAGAGAAACCGAUCUACUUUCCGAGGAGAGAGAGGAGGCUUUAGAGGGGGCCGAGGAGGAGCGCACAGAGGGGGCUUCCCCCCUCGCUAAUUCCAUCGGAGACAUGACCCCUUUGGUUCCUCUCUUCCUUCCUUGGUCUCUGCUGGGAGACUCACUUUAGGAACCAAAGCCGGUCAUCUCCUCACAUUCAGAAACCAUUGGCUACCUCCAGUGUACCCUUGACAGGCUUUGUCUGGUUUGUAUCAGGUGGCUGCGACGUUGGUCACGUGCUUGUAACCAAGCAGAAGGAAGAAACGAAAGUUUGUUAGCCCAGAUGAGAUUAGUCUAGUGUGUUCUAGAUCAGACGAGGCCCUUUCCUGUUUUAAUAGCCGAAGAAAACCUUCAAAGCCACGGAGCUCAGCCUACUUGCUCUCCCUUUUCCUUGGUUGCUUUCCUAUCUCGGCAUGGAUGAAAUAGAAUGGGCGACCUGUUCUCGUGGCUGUUUUCUCAGUGUCCUGCUCUAACCACAAACCAUUGGCUAAGACUUUUGAUUAUUGUUUGAGUUAAACGGGUAGUUAGGCAGCACACGUGUAGAAGGCAGAACUUGUCAAGCACCACAACAAUAUGGCGACUCCACGUCUUCCUUAGAAGUGGGAUGGUACAAAGUGCAGACCAGAUCCCUGAGGUUGUCAGACUCCCUGUGCCCAUUUUGUGGCUGUGGAUGGGGAAGAAAGCUGCAGAAACUGGCCGAAGGGCUGAUAGGGAUCAUCAGCUGCCUCCUUUACAUAUUCCUGAAAAGAAAAAGUAGCAUUUGUUCUUAAACUUGUUAUGGAGAAUUUAAGGAGAGAAAGGUUUUCAUUCUAAAAACUAGAAUACAGCUUGUGGAAAGAAAUCUGGUUCCGCUUACUUCAGCUGUAUGUUUUGUUCAUAUUUUUUAUGAGACUGAUUUGGUCAGUCAUUUCUGUGAGACUUUAUACAACUAGUUCUCUUCUGUAACUCAUUUUAAAAGAACUUUGGGGCAGUGAGAAUGAUUUCAUUGUUACUUUUGAUAAAUACCAUUUUAUAAUCUUUUGAGUAGAUUUUUUUCUUUUAAAUGAAAGGUGAUCAUUAUAUGCACAUCUGAAGACACAACAUUUGGGGAAUCUGCUUUCAAGGAGCUGAAUCGGUCUAGUUUCUGGCUGGAACCCCUGGAAGCUUGAUAUUGAAAGCCUGUUUAGAUGUUCCUAACCCCUCAGAGGAGAUGGAGAAAAUCAGUGGGGACAUGGAGGUUACCUACCACACUAAGUUUGGUUCUUGUUGUCUCGGCGAUAUCUGCAGUGAACAAAUUUGCUAGGAGGAAAGUCCUUUUGAUGUAGUCGCAGCCUGAGUGUAGGAGGCUGGGAAGAACUCUGCUCUCCUUAGCUCCUUGCUGGGUUGGUGGUAGUGAAAGCUGAGGAGAAGCGGCAUGUAUCCUGAGAGGGGAUAUGCCUCUCACAGCAGGUAGAGGGGCCUCUUCUGGGGACCACGGCCCCAGGGCUGAUCCUGGGCCACAGCCGGACAUGGCCCGCUUGCCCCUGGAUGGGGAUUCAGCCCUCUCUCAGGAACACUGCUCUUCCAUUCUCUCCGGUGUUCAUCUCUGAUGGACGUCACAGUGCUUAACGGCCUGCCCUCAGCCAGUCUCCCAGAACCUUGAGGCAAGCCCCCCCGAUGGAGGGUUUGGCUGACUGAAUCUUGUCCACAGGCACCAUGAAAUCCUCUAAUUAAAGAGAUUUACAAAA